AUGGAAAACUCUUCAAAUCAACAGCACUCCACCUCACAGCUUGGAAAAGGAAUCUCGGGUUAUUCGGAACUUAGCGAAUCGGAAUAUGAUCCGAACGAUGAACGUUGGGAUGAUUGGGAGGAAGAAAACCCUCAACCAGAAACAAAAUGCUUAUUUUGUAAUGAUUUAUUACCCACCAUUCAUGACGUAUUUAGGCAUUGUGUUGAUAGACAUGGAUUUGACUUUAAAUCAAUAAGAAAUAAUUUGAAUCUUGAUUUCUAUCGAUGCAUUCGUUUAAUUAAUUAUAUUCGUCAGCAGGCAUUAAUUAAUCCGUCUUUUGAAGAAACCACAAAUUUUACAAUUACCGGCACAGAACCAUUUCUUGAAGACGAUGAAUAUCUCAAACCUGUAAUUGAAGACGAUCACUUAUUAUAUGCAUUUGAUAAUACAGGAUCUGAGAAUGAUUCUGAAUUUAGUGAUCCAGUAUAUAAAGCGCACAUAAAGGAACAUAAUGAAGAGUAUAAUCCGACAACGCCACUCGAACAUGAUCUGAUAAAUAAACUUCAUAUUCUUGAGGAACGUUUAUUUAGUACAGAAGUUCAUCUAAAAAAGGUAGAAACACAAUUUGGCGAUUAUCGUGGAAUGGUUAAAGAAGCUUUUUUUGACUAUAUGACUAGUGAAAAAUCAUUGAGAUCAGCUAAAGGAUCGGUUGCCGCAAUUGAAGAUCAUGGCAAUUAUUAUUAUAAUUCUUACGCAAAAACAGGCAUACAUGCUGAAAUGUUGAAAGAUCGAGUUAGGACUGAGGGUUAUCGAGAUUUUAUAUACGAGAAUAAAGAUAUUUUUAAAGGAAAGGUGGUUUUGGAUGUUGGUUGCGGCACUGGUAUAUUAUCAUUGUUUGCGGCCAGAGCUGGAGCAUCAAAAGUCAUCUCGGUCGACGAAUCAGCAAUUAUCGAACGUGCUCGUGAAAUCGUGCGAGUAAAUAAAUUGGAUGAUGUCAUUACUCUCAUCUCUGGAAAGAUUGAGGAAGUCACACUCCCUGUUCCUAAAGUUGACAUCAUAGUUUCAGAAUGGAUGGGAUACUUUCUUCUGUUUGAGGCGAUGCUUGAUUCUGUUAUUGUUGCGCGGGAUCGAUGGCUCGUUCCUGGAGGCCUUCGUACGGAGAUGAUUUUUUUGGACUAUCUUGCUUCUGGCUUCGAUAUGACUCCAAUGCGGUCACCAGUAAGAUCAUCAGCAUACGUCGAAUCAGUGGAUGCCAAAGCAAUCAUUACCGACGUUAUUGUUUUAAAGGAUUUCCCAAUACAUACAAUCCGAAAAAGUGAGCUAAACUUCACAGUUCCAUUUAAAUUGGAAGCGAUGCGUUCUGGAACUAUUCAUGCUUUCUUGGGUUACUUUGAUACUUUUUUUGCUCGUGAUGGUAGCACAUCAGUAUCAGAAUCGGUGAUAGUACCAUCCUCGUCGCAAACAUCUCGCAAUGAUAAUGAAGACGAACGUAUUGAAAAAAUAAAAGCAAGGCUCAAAAGUACUAGUGGUAGUAAUUUUUUUACUACUGGACCUCAAGGAGAAGUCACACAUUGGCGACAGACUAUAUUUUUUUUGGAAAAACCUGUUCCGGUUGUAAAAGGUAUCUAA